ACGCCAAUGAUUUAUUGUCUUAUUAUCUUCAAACGCUUCGCGCUUGUGUUUAGGUAGCAGAGGCGAUACAGAGCUAGGUUGUAAAACUUAUUGGCUACACGUUUCGACGUUUCUAAGUUGACCACUGUUGCUGGCUAGAUUUGCUGCAAGAUGGCGUGUUGUGGUUUUGUUCGGCGGCAUUCUUAUAACAUGGUUAUGGCAGCCUUGCUGGCAGUCGGACUUACUACUGUUGAAGCACAAGCACCGGAUGGAUGUACCUUUGCUCUGGGAAUGAAGAGCGGUUAUAUCAAAGACGAUCAGCUUACGGCUUCCAGUUGGAACACGACGUGGUACUACCAACCCUGGGGGGCCAGGCUCAACGGGACCAAGGCCUGGCAGACCAACACCACGGACCCGUCACCAUGGUUACAGGUGGAUCUUCGCCCGCCAGUCAUCCCUCGGUACAUCACGUCCGUCCAGACCCAGGGUCUCUGGGCGGGCUGGGUCGCUUCCUACACCGUAGAGAUCAGCAACGACACAACGGACUGGAUUCUAUACGAGAACGGAAAGAAUUUUACUGGCAACAAUGAUGGGGGUUCAGUCGUACAGGUCGAUGUGGACCCGCCCAUUUUUGCCAACUUUCUCCGGAUCUACCCGAACACCUGUCAUGGGACGUUAUGCCGACUCAGGAUGGAGCUGAUUGGCUGCGAUGGAAUUGAUCACUGUGUAAAUGUGACUUGCUUGAACAACGGAACAUGCAUAGAUGGGCUCGACGACUACAGGUGCGCAUGCGUGCCUGGAUACACCGGGAAGGACUGUGAGAUCAAUAUCGACGAAUGUGUGUCGGGUCCAUGUCAAAAUGGCGGCACCUGUAUCGACGGUGUUAAUGGCUACAGUUGCGCAUGCGCACCAGGGUACACCAACCAGACAUGUGGAAUAGAUAUUGACGAGUGUUUGUCUAAACCAUGUCAAAAUGGCGGCACCUGUACCGAUGGGAUUGACAGCUACAACUGCACAUGCGCAGCAGGUUACACAGGUCUGACCUGUCAACUGGAAAUUGACGAAUGUCAGACCGGCCCAUGUCAAAAUGGCGGCUCCUGCAUCAACGGAGUUGACGACUACAGUUGCACAUGCGCACCAGGGUACACCGGGCAGACAUGUGGGAUAGACAUUGACGAAUGUGUGCCCGGUCUGUGUCAAAAUGGCGGCUCCUGUAUCGACGGAGUUAAUGGCUACAGUUGCACAUGCGCACCAGGGUACACUGGGCAGACAUGUGUGAUGGACUUAGAUUUGUCUACAACAAACUUGCCCCCAACUGUAACUCCAACAGCCGUCAAGGACAAAGUAACAGUUGGUGUAACAGAACCAGGAGCUUCAGGAGGGACGGACUUCCUCUCCGUGUCUGCCGCAGACGUCGCCUGGAUCGCCCUGUGGACAGCCGUGGCCGUGGCCAUCUUACUGCUGCUCAUCAUCGUCAUAGCUCUCUGCUGCUGCCUGGUCAAGACUUGGAAAAAGGACAGAAGGGUUGAGAGUAAAGAAGAGUUGAUACUUGCCCAACGUGAUUCAGCCGUUGGCGUUCGCCGACCUCGUCCCCACAAGCUAUCGCCUGCAGUCCCGUUUCCAGCAGAAAGGGGGCGUUGUGACACCACAAAGAAGUCACCUCCAAAAGUGAGUCUGACGGAUGUAGAGACGCCGGUGGUCAUCCCCCGCCCGUACGUUCGGUCCUACAACUCACCGUGGGACCCACUGGACUUUUAGAAAGAAGCCUGUCAUGUUUUCUC